AUGGUCUCUUUUAGACUUGCGGUCGUUGCACAGCUCGCCGCAGUCGUAGAUUAUGUAUCAGGAGCUGCCUUGAUUGCUGAGCGAGUACCCGAAAAGGCACAAUUCAGAGGCGCAGCUGGCAACAGGUUCUUGCACCUCAUCACAACACCUUUGACGGGAAGCAUGAGGUACACAGCAUACAAAGGCAAUGGCUCAAUAGAAGACGGCUGGCCUGCUCAGGGCCAAUGGCUGGAUUUCCGCACCCUCUGGGUGACGAAUCAACGAGUGCAAAUCAACAAGAUUUGCGACAACACCGAAGCAGAGACAGGAGACCUUUACAAGGCAAUCUUUGCAGUGUCAAAAACAACAGGAGUCGAUCCGCGUUUCAUUCUCGCAGUCAUGAUGAACGAGUCUCGUGGUUGCGUUCGCGUACAAACAACGAGUCUCGCAGUAUCCAACCCAGGUCUCAUGCAAAGCUACGAAGGCAGAGGCUCUUGCUCCGAUCCAGCCCCCCUCACGCCUUGUCCUUACAAGGAGAUAGAGCAAAUGGUGACGGACGGAGUCGCGCCCAAUGAAGCCGGCGUCAAUCUCCAAGACCUGAUAGCGAGAUCCAAUGCCACAGGUGUUGAGAAAUACUACAUUGCUGCGCGCAUGUACAAUUCAGGACCGAACAGCAUCAGCUCCGACAAGGAACUAUCAGUGGGUGGUGCARAUGCUUGCGGAGGAAGUACUGACGGCCAGAUUUCAGUUAUGCAGCGGACAUGGCGAACCGGUUACUUGGGUACAUCGGCGACAGCUGUGGUCCCUCAGAUCACAGCGAAUCCUCUCUUGAAUGGAGUCCAACUUCAGUCCCCAGCUGGGAUUCCACAGCCACAACAGCAGCUCCCCCAACGGUCUGGUGGACUCCUAGCGCAGCGAAUGCCUGGUGGACUCCUAGCCCAGCGAAUGCCUGGUGGACGCCCAGUCCACAGUCCACAUGGUGGUAAUGUCAUGGUUACGACUGUUGCUUGGGUUUCUUUUGUGCAAAGUUGCGAUAAUGCGAGGCCUAGCGCGGCGUAUGGCGCUUUUUGGAUGUCUUCUAUAUGA